UGUUUACAUGAGCGGUUCAAGAAAGGGGUGCCUUUAGCUUGAAAUUUUGAACCCAACUAUAUAAACAUUUUCGCCAUUAACCUUAAACCAGACAAAUCAAGUUUCACGACGUAUCUUCUCCUUUAUUUUAGUUUUCUCCCCAAUAGUUUUGUUCAUCUUUCUCUCUGCUGCUUAGGGUUUUUUUUUCCUUUUAAUUUCUCAAUUCCCCCAAUCCUUUUGUUUAAUAUUUCGAUUCCCAGGUAUCAUUAGCAAAAGGACAAUGCAGGGAGGGAGAGGCCAGGGUAAUUUCUUUGACCCUUUUGCAGGGUUCAGUGGAUUUGGUAGUAUGGGUGGAUUUGGUGGUAUGGGGGGUCAUCAAAGUUUGAUUUCAAGUGUAUUUGGAGGAAGGGAUCCUUUUGAUGAUCCUUUCUUCACUCGCCCAUUUGGAAACCCAUUGGGAAGCCCAUUUGGGAGCAUGUUUGAGCCUGGCCUAUUUGGUGGUAACGGUAAUCCUUUCGUUGGUGCACAUCCAUCUGGUUUUAUUGAGCAACAAGAGCCCCAGCCAAAUAAACGAAGGGGACCCGUGAUUCAGGAGCUGGAUUCAGAUGAUGAGCAUGCAGAUGAUGGAGGGGCUAUGAAGAUGAAUGAGAAUCCAAGGAAGCAUUCUAGGCUAUCCAAAGAGCCUUAUAUUGAGAUCCCUGAUGAUGACGCAGAAGAAGGGAAAAAUAACCAAAUCCAACACAGAAAUGAGUUCCACAACAAGAUGAGCAAUGUACAGGCUCCAUCUCAGUCUAGUUGCUACACCUUCCAGAGCUCUAGUGUAUCAUAUGGUGGUGCUAAUGGAGCAUAUUAUACUAAAUCAAUGACGAGAAGGGCAGGGAGUGAUGGAGUGGUAUUUGAGGAAUUUAAAGAAGCUGAUGGAACUACUGGUCUAGCAAACCACAGGAUUUCAAGGGGACUCCACAAUAAGGGCCAUACUCUUGCAAGGAAGCUUAAUUCUGAUGGUAAAGUGGAUACCAAACAGAUAUUGCAUAACCUCAAUGAAGACGAGCUUUCUGGCUUUGAAAAUGCUUGGGAGGGAAGUUCUGGAAGGCAUUUUACUGGCGGGAGACUGAAGUUAGAUGAAGGCAACUCUGAACCUGGUAGCUCUAGGAAGACAAGCAGAGGGGGAGGCUGGGCACUUCCUUCAACACAGCGUGCAGAGGACAACUCUGGUGUAGUUGGGAAUCAUGCAGCUCAGAUGCCGCGGACAGGGAAAAAGGCCACAGAUCGUGGAUUUCACGGAAGAAUGAAGGCUUGAGAGAUUUGGUAACUGUAGCUGAUAGCAGAUUUACAGCCUUUGGACCUUCUCCUCUCCUUGACGCACUUAUAUAGUUCUAUAUCAUAGUAGCCUCAGACGAUACUAUUUUGUUGAUUUUAGUAGGCCUGCCAGCGUUUCUGUGCUGCAGCUGUGGCCUGUUUUAAAGAAUUGUAUACAUUUGAAAUGCUUCACCUCUCCGUUGUGAUGCUUCGUGUUGUAUGAAUUAUCCUGGUUGGUCAGAAUUCUCAAUGAUGUGAAUGGAAAUUAUCUCACUAGUUCUUGACAACA